ACUACAACUCCCGGUAUGCCCCGCGAUCCGCAGUCCGAAGGGCGGAGACCAGGAACCGGAUGUGGCCUGUGGCUCGGGCGGAAAGCUGGGGAAAUGGCCACAGGGACAGACCAGGCGGUGGGAUUUGGCCUCGUCGCCGUUAGCCUGAUCAUCUUCACCUACUACACUGUCUGGGUGAUUCUCUUGCCAUUCAUCGACAGCCAACAUGUCAUCCACAAGUACUUCCUGCCUCGGGCCUAUGCUGUCCUCAUCCCACUGGCCUCGGGCCUUCUGCUGCUGUUGUUUGUGGGAUUGUUUAUCACCUACAUGAUGCUGAAGAGCCAGAGGGUGGCCAAGAAGGCUCAGUGAAGGUCCAGCAGGGAUGAGGCUGCUGGUGCCUUACCCAUAUCCCCUCCAGGGAGGAGACCACGGGCCACAGCCUGCAAGACAGUCCAGGCAUGGUGACCCCCCACCAGCCUGGCUGCCCUGUGGCCCUCUUCAGGAGGUGGAGCUGCUCAGGACUCAGCUCUGACAGACCAGAGACCUCUCCUGUCUUGCUCACCCUUCUAGAACCUGAGGGGAGAACUGGAAAGCCUCCAGCUCACCCCCUUCAGGCUUAGGUUCCAAACAUUGCUGGUCCUGCCCAUCUCACAGUUAGACUCCCUACCUACUGUUUCCUCUGGGCGGUGCUCUCUUGUCUCAGUUUUCCUCCUGUCACAUACUGAUGGACUUAGCAGGUUCUGAGGCUACACAUGGCCUCCCCACCUCUGUAAGUCCUGCCCCUCCAGGAAGGCAGCUCCUCUGAGUCUGACCCUGCCCAGUCUUCAUGAGGGCUUCUGUACCUGGAAGGCUGUGGGGAAACACAGACCCCAGAACCACAGGGGCACAUUUGGGCAGCCAUGCCAGUCACAGGCCACCCUGUUUGGGAGAACUUAAAAAUAAAUGUUGAUCAUGCUGGC